UCAGUUUGAGGAAACGCGCUGCGGCUGUCAGCAGUCCGGUGGUCGGAGCCGCUGCGGAGCAACAAUGAUGUCGGAGCAGGAGUCCCUCAGGUGCUCCAGCGCCAGGAACCGCGGCGGGGUGCAGCGGGUCGAAGGCAAGCUGCGGGCCAGUGUAGAGAAGGGAGAUUACUACGAAGCACAUCAGAUGUAUAGGACUUUAUUUUUUAGGUACAUGUCACAGGCCAAACACGCGGAGGCCCGGGAGCUCAUGUACAAUGGAGCGCUCCUCUUCUUCAGCUAUAACCAGCAAAACAGUGCAGCCGAUCUGUCCAUGCUAGUACUAGAGUCUUUGGAGAAAUCGGAGACAAAAGUUGAAGAUGACAUAUUAGAGCACCUGGCUAAGCUCUUCAGCCUGAUGGACCCCAACUCCCCGGAGAGAGUAGCGUUUGUGUCCAGAGCCCUCAAAUGGUCCACAGGCGGCUCCGGCAAGCUGGGCCACCCAAAACUCCACCAGCUGCUGGCCGUCACCUUGUGGAAAGAGCAAAACUACAGCGAGUCUCGUUACCACUUCCUGCACUCGUCGGACGGGGAGGGCUGUGCCCAGAUGCUGGUGGAGUAUUCGGCGUCGCGGGGUUUCCGCAGCGAGGUCGACAUGUUUGUGGCGCAGGCCGUCCUACAGUUCCUCUGCCUAAAGAACAAAAACAGCGCUUCCGUGGUGUUCAGCACGUACACAGAGAAACACCCGUCCAUAGAGAAAGGCCCUCCCUUCGUCCAGCCGCUGCUCAACUUCAUCUGGUUUCUGCUGCUGGCAGUGGACGGGGGUAAAUUAACAGUCUUCACUGUGCUUUGUGAGCAAUAUCAGCCUUCCCUGAAGAGGGACCCCAUGUAUAACGAGUAUCUGGACAGAAUAGGACAGCUUUUCUUCGGCGUGCCGCCCAAACAGUCUUCAUCAUACGGUGGCCUGCUAGGUAACCUGCUGAACAGCCUGAUGGGUUCGGGCGAGGACGAGGAGGCGGCGGCCGAGGAGGCGCAGGAGGACAGCAGCCCCAUCGAGCUGGACUGAGCCGGCAGAGAACAAGGAGAAGCCCUCCCAGCCCCCGCCCAUCCAUCACCGGGUGCUGGGUGGGCGGGGUCCCAGUCCCACGAGGGCGUGCUGUUUCACAAAAACCCGCCGUAACCCCGCCCAUCCAGUCCGAAAUCAGAACAAAUAUCAGGCCGCCAAAAGCCCCUCUGCACCGCCGGGACUGACUGCGCCAAACUGCAAACUCUUCCCCUGUUGAAUUAUUCUAAUUAUAAAAUGAUAUUAUAUAUAUAUUAUUUUGUUUCAAUCAUUUAUUUUGGUUAGGUUUGGAACUCUUGUCUCUCUCUCUCUCUGUAGGCUCUAUGAUUUUUGAACGAGAGAUAACACACAUGUCGAUUUCUCCCUCGUCUUUUUUUUUGCCCUCUAGUUUGUCUGUUAGCUUCAUGGACAGCAACACAAAAGAAAGUAAAAAAAAAAAAAAAAAGAAAAAGGUAAAGAGAGACGCCCAGAGAGCGCGGUGUCACUUUGAGAAAUACCCCCCCUCCACACGGCUCCUCCUCGUGGUUUCCUGAAUGUCUCCAGUGCUCAUACAGAUGGAUCCAUUGCAGAAGUCGCACUUUUUUUCAAAUUCUGCUUUUCUGAACUACUGAGCUCGUUACAAUUUUCCCCGUUUUUUCUGCUGUCAGAAGAUGAGAGUUUACCGAUUUGGUGUUUCCGUGUGACAUCAGAGAAAGAUGUCUGCAGGAUAAAUGCAUGAAGGAAGACUUCUACAAUGGUUACAGCUGUAAAGAUACAAGAAUUAAUAUCCGUUGUGAAUCAAACAGACGACUUUAGGUGCUCCUGGACGGAUUUACAUUCUUUUUUUUUUUCUUUUUUUUCUUUUUUUUCUUUUUGGAUGAAGGUAGUCUGACUUUUAAAGCAUUAACUGGUCAUAUUCCACCUGAUUCUGGCCAACAUCUCCUUCUCCUUCAUUAUAAAGCUUGCCAAGAUGUGUUACUCUCCAGUGCUGUCUAAUAAACCAGUGGACUCCCAGAAAACCAAAAUGCAAACCAUCAAAGCCGUUCUUUUGCAGCACUUUGAGCGAUGUGACGUGUUGGUAACCAGCCUGAUUUGUCCCUGUCGGCUUUACGUAGCUCGUAUUUGGGCCGUGUGUGUGUGUGUGAGAGAGAGCCGGACAGUGUAGCAGAGAGCCAGCUAGCGUUUUCUAAAAGUUGAAAGUAUCCUGCUUACAGUCCUCACCGCAGCACCGCCACCUUAACAAAAGACUCUGGACGUUCCUCGUUAAAAAUACAGGAAAAGUCGCGCAAAUUUUUCCGGAUCUGGUUAUUUUUGGAGGGCAGUGUCAGCCAAUCAGGGGCCACCAGCAAAAAACCCAAACAUAUUAGGCGUGGCAGGCGGCGCUUUUUCAUUUGUCAUCGCACGUUUCUGUAAUAAUGUUUGAUUUAUGUGAGAGAAAACAACCGAAAUGCAGACACACAACAACAAAAACAAUGUUUCAUUACAAUAUGUAUUUCACAUUUGGACUUUAAAGGAGGGGCGGAGCCUUUAAAGGGCCACACAGCCGCGUUGGUAACGAGGCGUAAAUCACUAAAAACCAGGCCUUUUCACUCCAGCUGACGUGAGUGUGGCUGCUGUUUUUCUACAAAGCAAAUAGUGCCGGGUGUCGGGUCGUGGAUAAACGGAGUAUUUACAGCACAGUACAGACUGAGGGACGCUCCUUUGGUCAUGUAGGUUUUGUUCUGGACGUCUGAAUCCUGAAAAACAACCUGAAAGUUUCGGUCUCAGACUUUACUGAUGAAAUUUUGGCGGGAUGGGAGGAAAUAACCGAAAAAAAAAAACAUCUUGGUGUUUGGGUGAAUUCAGCAAGAGGUUCAACUCUCGGUCGGCUCGUCCCAGCACUUGCGAGAGGCGGAUCGAGUCUUUUCCUUUUUCGUUUUCCUCCUUUCUCUCCUCCUCUGAGCCGACCGAGCCUCCCGUCUGCUCGUCUACAUUUCUCUCCUUUCUUUCGCCCGUCAAAACUCCUCAGAGGCUCGAUCGCUGCUCGGUCAUUAUCAUACACAGGAAUUACUUUGUGUUCUUUCAUAUCGGUGUAUCUGGACUCCAUGCUUGAGUGCAUGUGUGUGUGUGUGUGUGUGUUUGGGUUGUGCACACACUCUGCAUGCUCAUAUGAAUGCAACCUGUCCCGUUUCCUCUGUCCUGUUGAAUUUCUCCAGUUUCGGCUUUGUCCCGAUCCUCAGAUCAGAAAGUCUGACAACUAAAAGGACUAACCUGCAGCUGCUCCGGCACAGAGCUGUGUGUCAGGUGUGUGUCAGGUGUGUGUUUCCAGUGUUGGUGUGUGUGAAGCCGUCGUAUGAAUCUGCCUUCAUGCGUUUGUCCUGCAGCAGCAGCAGCAGACAGUCAUUAACUUUAUCGCUUUAUAGUAUAAAAAGGAUAAAACUGCUGACGAGUGUGGAAAGUGUGACGUUUGGCUUUACUUUCUAACAUUUUAUUUUGUUCACUCAUGUUUUUUUUUUUUCUCCAUUAAAUCAUUUAAAGCCAGCUGGAGUUUCUUUUUGCUGUUGAACCGACGAGGCGGGUCGCUCCUCUCCGCCUUGAAGAGCUGAGAGAGUUUUAGUUUAAGAGUCUCCUGAUGGUCUGAACGCUGCCGGAGGCUCUGGACCGAAGUGAGAUUCUGGAGGAAACUUGUUUAAUGUUACAGCGCAGAAUAUCAGCUACUGGCAGCCUCAACCUGCAGAAUAUCAGCAUUCAGAUCCGCUUUCAACAAGUCAUAUCUGAGGAAGCCCAUUCCUGCCACAUGAAAAAAAUAAUAAAGCAAGCCUGUUGUCCCUCACUAACAGUGCAGGUUCUCUCCCCUUGCACUUUGACCAGUAGAGUCAUUAGAGCUGAUAGUGCUGGUCUAGAAUCAGCAAUAAGGAGCACAGCUAGAAGUGGGCGUGGCCUUGUGUCGACCAACUUGUCGGCAGCGACACGACGAGUCAGAGGACACCCCACAUGACCCACUUUGGAUACCCCCCCCCCCCGAAAAGUGGGUGUGGCCUGUGAGGAAAUGGGCGUGGCCCGACCCGUGUGAGAAGUUAGUAUGUAUCUCCUUGGUGUAAGACUAAACUUGCAUCCAAAUUUUAAGGUGAUAAUCUCAUCUGUGAGAAGUUCUGACUUUUUGUGCACGGCCACGCCCACGGCCACGCCCCCUUUUGGCCGAAAUAUUCGGCACUUCUUCGUUUUCCCGUGACCAAACUUUGAGCUUCCAGUUGGAAGUCAUACCAACUGUCUGACAAACAGACACACACAGAUUCAUCUUCCCCUCCAAAACGGCUAAAUUGUGAGUUUUCCUCUCACAGUUUUGACUAAAUAUAGAAUCGAGAAAUGGUUCACAGCUGUGGAAAAAAAAAAUACAGUCUAAUGAAGGUACUGUUGUGAGGGGGAAAAAGGACAAAUGAGAAAAAAAAAAUCUGAUUUCUGAAUUGCAAUUGAAAGAGGAAAAUGCCACAAUUCAGUCACAAGUUGCUUUAUGAUUAUUAUUUUUUUAAUUUUUCAUGUGGCCAGAAUCUGCUUCCAUACACACCGGCUCCUUACCAGACACACAAACAGCAACCUGAUGGAUCUUUUCAGCUGAUGAGAGCAAACUGAUUGUAUUUUCUGUUUUAUUUAUUUUUCUCUGAGCCGUUCCUCUUAUCGGAGCCGGCUUUGAAAAACUGUGUGUGUGUGUGUGUGUGUGAGAUUUCUGCAGCAGAACACACACACACUCGUCCUCACUCCUCCUCAUCGCCCGGUGUGUUGGAGCAGCGCAGGUCUUGUCCGGCUCUGCUGUGUUUUUUUUUUUUGUUUGUUUGUUUUUUCCAUACAAACAGAAAUCCUGCUCGCGCUCCAGACGGCCCUGAAGGUGUCAGUCCUGCCUGUAAAAUACUAAAACACACCGUUUUACACGCUAGAAAAAAAAAAAAAAAAAAAACUAGGACAGUCCAGAGGUCUUCCAGUGUCCAAUAGUGUUUCUUUACUUCAUUUGAAGUGUGUGUGUGUGUGUGUGUGUGUGUCAGAGCGCUGCAGGAGGACGAGGCGGGGUGCGGGUGAAUUGUGAAUGUUUGUGAGCUGCAGUUUAUUUAAAGCUGCUGGUGAAGAGGCCGAGUGUGACGAGGAAAAGCAGCCGUCACCAGAGAUAUUUCACUUGGAGAUUUAAAAAAUAAAAGCCUUUUACUUUGAAAAGGCUGUAGACACAUCUCCGGCCUGAAGUCCUGUCUGUAAGCUAUUAGAAAAAAAAUUGAAAGCAUGAUUAUGUCCUCAGAAAUAACUCCAGUAACUCCAACGGAAACGUGGGAUUUUUGAUUCAGAAGUCAAAAUUCACAAACGGUGGAUUUUCUCAUUUUAGGAAAAACACAAACUGUUUGGAAAAUGGGGCAUAAAAUCUGGUGGAAUUUAUCUUUAGUGGUAAAAAGUAAAAUAAAGUAUCUCUGGUGAUCUUGUUCCCGCUCUGUUCCACCAGUCAGGUGUGUGUGUUUUUAAAGGGCGGUUCCGUCAAAACUGACUUUUAGGUUGAUGUAAACGCUUUUUCAAUGAGUUCAAGGAAAACCGAGUCGCUCAGUGUCACAUCAUUAAAUUAAAUUAAAUUAAAUUAAAUCUGUGCUGCUUACAGGAAACUGAUGGACAGGCGUAUCAAACAGAAACACAGUUUAUUCAGAAUUUUAAUAAUAAUUUUCCUUGAUGUUGAGAGUCAAAACACACAAAGUGAGAAAAGGGAAUGGAGGCGUUUUGGUUUCUGCAGCCUAAAAGUCCGUUUUGGUGGAAUUUGCUUUGAAUGAUCUUAAAGUGUGUGUGUUUGUGAGUGUGUGUGUGUGUGUGUGUGUGUGUAUAGAUGAGUGACCAAAGGCUUAGUCAUGUGUGAACGUCAUCACAGUUGUUUGCUUUUUUUUUUUUCUGUUGUUGUUUUUGAUAUUUUUUUUCCUUUGAAUGCUAACGGGGAUUGUUUGCCUUUUCGAUGAUUCACUAAUGGAGUAAAUAAACCAUAAGCGAUUA